GCUGGGGGGUUUAGAAGCGUCUGGUGGAGGAGGACAACGGUUUCUGGAGAGGAGAAGCCAUUACACACGCUUGGCUCUCCUCUGAGGAAGGGAGAAAAGAAGGAAGGGGCCUGGGGGUCGUCUCACUCCUGGUGCAGUUCCCAGGGGUCUGCCCUCCUUCCAGGCACGAGGGGAAGCCGCAGCCGCCCCCCAUUGGAGCAGCCCCUCUCUUUCCCUUUCUUUAUCUCCCUGUCCUCCAUUUGCAAGCUGUCUGCUUUGGUUCCAGUCCAGACUCCAAAACACAAAGCUCCUUCUCACGUUCAUUCUCCAGGCUUUUCACCAUUCCUGAAGGAACCCUCAUUUUCUUUUCAUUGUAGCUUCUAACCUACAGAGAGGGAGGGAGGCUGCCUGGAGUUCCUUUUAUAUUCCUCCCCUACCAAAAAAAAAAAAAGUUUCAUUUUUAAGCACGCGUCUGGGAUGGGAAAAGACCAACCAGUUGGGGCUUUCUCCCAGGGCUCCCGGGGCUGUGUCUGAGUGUCUGUGUUGGCUGUUUGGUUUGCUUUGGUUUUGUUUCUGGAGAUGGUUUGCAGGUUUUUGGAGGAAGUGACUACCUAGUUUGGUUGAGAGCUGGGAACUGAGUCAGGUAAGCCGUGUCAUGUUGUAACUCCACCAGAAAAUGGAGGAGAGCGGGGUUUCCAGGAGACAAAGCUGAGAUGAGAAGUGUUUAUAAAAUUAUGGAUGUCUCCAUUUUGAAGCUCUGUUGGUGAUGGCUGGAGGAGGCUUGCCUGCCUACUCCUCCCUUUCCAGGGGGAAAUCUUGGUGGUUCCUCACUAUCUAUUCAUUAUGCAAGGAAAUGAGGGGCUUUUAAGGGCUGCUCAGAUUUUUCUCCCAUCAAAGGAGUGCUUUCACAAGUUAUGGAGGCAUUUGUUUCCAUUUUAAAGUAAACUUUUGGAAUUUUUUUUCUCGUUUUGAGUGGACCUGAAGGGCUUUGACCUCCUUCAGGAGAGGCAAAGCAAAACCUUAAAACAUUUUCUACUGAGGUCUUCACACAACUUUAAGCUGCUCCAGGUCUCCUGAAAGUCACCAGGAAAUGUUAUUUCCUCAUUGUGAAGAUGGUGGUGGCCCUAAGCUGAGAUUUUGGAGUUCUGGAGCUUGGUUGUCAUCAUGUUUUGAUGCAUUGCAAGACUUUAUUGUCUGGUUUGGGUUGGUUUCUGCAAAGAAAAAAAAAAAAAAAACCCAACAAAACCCAAUAACAACAAAUCCUGCAAGAUCUCAGAGGAACUCUAAGACUGGCUAACACCAGUUUCUCCAGGCAUUUCUCUACAUUUUUCACCAGUUUCUCUACAUUUCUCUUCAGGUUGUUCUAUUUGUGUAUUAGGCCUUCUGUUGGUUCCUUUGUUUUCCCCUUUCCCUUCCAUUCUGCUAUUUUUUUCUGUGUUCUCAAGUACUGUGAGUCUUCAAAAAUAUCAGGUGUCUUCUUAACAAUGUCACUGUGGAAACAAAUUUUUAAAAUAUUAUGUCAGUUGAGACAACCUUAUGUCCAGGUAUCUUCACCUUUUUAAUUGGGAGGAAUUUAUUAGUCUUAGAGGAGGACAUUUUGUGAGGAUGAUUUGAAGAAAGGACCCAAUCCUAACCCAGUCCACACAUUGAUUGGAGUUCUUCACAGAUUAGUUCUAGAGAAUGUGUGUAAUUGAUCCAGGUAAAGAACUAAGUCCCAAAAUGCUUGAAGAAUUUAUAAAAGCCAACCAUGAAGAUGUUGCUUUUCCACUAGGUAAGGUAGCCAUCUUGAGGAUGAGGGAAGAUGUUGGGAGAAUUGUAGGUGGACUAUUGAGGAUAGGUAAGGAAGGCUCCACGGUGGAAUGAAAACUUGGAGGAGAUUCAGAACCAAUUAAUAUAUUGUAAGAAGGCUGACUGGACCUUGUUUUCAACUAAGGAGAAAUGUAGAAAGGUACCAGCUUCAAGAGAAAUGAACACAUUGGUUCCUAAUGUGAGAGGGUAGACCCAGAUCAUGGAGGUGCUUCAAUGUGAUGGCUGUGAUUUCAGAGCCCCAUCUUAUGAAGAUCUCAAGGCGCACAUUCAGGAUGUCCACACGGCAUUUCUGCAGCCAACUGAUGUUGCUGAAGACAACGCUAACGAGCCGCGAUCGGGGUCCAUGAAUGCCAGUAAUCAGACAGAGGUGGAGUUUUCUUCUAUAAAAGAUGAAUUUGCGAUUGCAGAGGAUUUAUCAGGUCAAAAUGCAACUGCAUUGGGGACUGGCAGUUACUAUGGCCACAGUCCAGGAUAUUACAGUCAGCAUAUUGCCCCUAAUCCCAAACCAACAAGCAAGUUUUUUCAAUGCAAGUUCUGUGUACGCUACUUCAGGUCAAAAAACCUCCUCAUAGAACACACUAGAAAGGUCCACGGAGCUCAAGCUGAAGGGAGUUCGGCAGGACCCCCUGUUCCAGGAUCCUUAAAUUAUAAUAUCAUGAUGCACGAGGGGUUUGGAAAGGUCUUCUCUUGCCAGUUUUGCACAUACAAGUCACCAAGGAGAGCAAGAAUAAUUAAGCAUCAGAAGAUGUAUCACAAGAACAAUUUGAAGGAGACCACUGCUCCCCCGCCUGCCCCUGCUCCGCUGCCCGACCCAGUGGUCCCACCCGUGUCCCUACAGGACCCCUGCAAGGAACUGCCAGCAGAGGUCGUGGAGCGCAGCAUCUUAGAAUCUAUGGUCAAGCCUUUGACCAAGUCUCGAGGCAACUUCUGCUGUGAGUGGUGCAGCUACCAGACCCCUCGCCGAGAACGCUGGUGUGACCACAUGAUGAAGAAACACCGCAGUAUGGUCAAGAUCCUUUCCAGUCUCAGACAGCAACAAGAAGGGACUAAUCUACCUGACGUGCAGAACAAGAGUUCCCCCAGCCCCACUUCCAACUCCACUUAUCUGUCCAUGAAUGCUGCAAGCCGGGAGAUACCCAACGCAAACGUCUCCAACUUCAGGGGCUCCAUCAGUAACUCCAUCAUGAGACCCAAUUCUUCUUCAGCUUCCAAGUUUUCACCCAUGUCUUACCCUCCGAUGAAGCCGAAGUCACCUCACAAUUCUGGCCUUGUUAACUUGGCAGAGAGAUCCCGUUAUGGAAUAGCUGACAUGACCAAUUCUUCUGCCGACCUGGAAACGAACAGCAUGCUGAAUGACUCUAGUUCUGAUGAAGAGUUAAAUGAAAUAGACAGUGAGAAUGGUUUAAAUGCUAUGGAUCACCAGACAGCAGGCAUGUCUGCAGAGCAGCUGAUGGGCUCAGAUGGCAACAAAUUAUUGGAGACCAAGGGGAUUCCGUUUAGAAGAUUCAUGAAUCGGUUCCAGUGCCCCUUUUGUCCUUUCCUCACCAUGCAUCGGCGUAGCAUCUCCCGUCACAUAGAAAACAUCCACUUAUCUGGAAAGACAGCUGUCUACAAAUGUGACGAAUGUCCGUUUACUUGCAAGAGCUCAUUAAAACUCGGGGCUCACAAACAGUGUCACACGGGUAACACGUCAGAUUGGGAUGCUGUGAAUUCCCAGAGUGAAAGCCUUUCUUCCUCACUGAAUGAAGGUGUAGUGUCUUACGAGAGCUCAAGCAUCAACGGUAGGAAGGCAGGUGUCAUGCUGGAUCCCUUGCAGCAGCAACAGCCGCCGCCACCACCACCGCCACCACCACCACCUUCAUCCCAGCCGCAGCCGCCGCAGCUACAGCCACCACAUCAGGUGCCACCCCAGCCCCAGCCACCAGCGACGCAGCAGCCGCAGCCGCCCGUGCAAGCCCCACCCCUGCACCCGUACAAAUGCACCAUGUGUAAUUACUCCACCACGACUCUGAAAGGGCUAAGAGUCCAUCAGCAGCACAAACACUCGUUCUGCGACAACUUGCCAAAAUUCGAGGGGCAGCCCUCAAGCCUAUCAUUGGAAAGUGAGACAGACAGCCACCCCUCUUCCAGCAACACUGUGAAGAAAAGUCAGACCUCAAUUCUUGGGUUGUCCUCCAAGAACAAUUUUGUAGCUAAGGCCUCUAGGAAGCUCGCUAAUGACUUUCCUCUCGAUUUAUCGCCCGUGAAGAAGAGAACUAGGAUAGACGAGAUAGCAAGUAACCUGCAGAGCAAGAUUAACCGAACCAAACAGCAGGAAGAUGCGGUGAUCAAUGUCGAGGAUGACGAGGAGGAAGAGGAAGACAAUGAAGUGGAGAUAGAGGUGGAGCUGGACAGGGAAGAAGAGCCAGCAGAGCCAGUCAUGGAGGUGCCCACUUCCUUUUCAGCCCAACAGAUUUGGGCCAGAGACGCCAGUGAGUCCCAGAAGGAGCCCAACUUCAGAAAUGUCACCCACGAUUACAACGCCACCAAUGGGGCUGAGAUUGAGCUCACCCUUUCUGAAGAUGAAGAGGAUUAUUACGGCUCCUCAACCAACAUGAAAGAUCACCAAGUUUCCAGUACCGCUCUGCUGAACACCCAGACUCCUAUCUACGGAACUGAGCACAAUAAUGAAAAUACAGACUUUAGUGACUCUGGAAGGCUUUACUAUUGCAAACACUGUGACUUUAACAACAAAUCUGCCCGGAGUGUCAGCACCCACUACCAACGAAUGCACCCGUACAUUAAAUUCAGCUUUAGGUACAUCUUGGACCCCAACGAUCACAGUGCGGUGUACAGGUGCCUGGAAUGCUACAUCGAUUACACUAACUUUGAGGAUCUGCAGCAGCAUUAUGGUGAACACCACCCAGAAGCCAUGAAUGUACUCAACUUUGACCAUUCGGACCUGAUCUACCGGUGUCGGUUUUGUUCCUACACGAGCCCGAAUGUUAGAAGCCUGAUGCCCCAUUACCAAAGAAUGCAUCCCACGGUUAAGAUUAACAACGCAAUGAUAUUUUCAAGCUAUGUCGUGGAGCAGCAGGAAGGACUGAGCACAGAAUCCCAGACACUGAGGGAGAUUCUGAAUUCGGCUCCCAAGAACAUGGCGACUUCCACUCCCGUGGCUCGUGGUGGCGGUAUGCCAGCGACGUUUAAUAAAAACACUCCUUCCAAGACCUUUACUCCAGAAUGUGAAAACCAGAAGGACCCCUCGGUUAACACCGUUGUCGUUUACGAUUGUGACGUUUGCUCGUUCGCGAGCCCCAAUAUGCAUUCUGUCCUGGUUCAUUAUCAGAAGAAACACCCGGAAGAAAAGGCUUCCUACUUUAGGAUCCAGAAAACCAUGCGAAUGGUGUCUGUGGACAGGGGCUCUGCCCUUUCUCAAUUAUCAUUUGAGGUGGGUGCUCCAAUGUCUCCCAAAAUGUCCAACAUGGGUUCCCCACCCCCCCCACCACCCCCGCCACCAGACCUCAGUACUGAGCUCUACUACUGCAAGCACUGUUCCUACAGCAAUCGGUCAGUUGUGGGAGUGCUUGUCCACUACCAGAAAAGACACCCAGAAAUAAAGGUUACUGCCAAAUAUAUCAGACAGGCUCCUCCCACAGCUGCAAUGAUGAGAGGGGUCGAGGGGCUCCAAGGCUCCCCCCGGCCACCCGGCCCCAUGCAACAGCUGAACCGAAGCAGCUCUGAGAGAGAUGGCCCUCCUGUGGAGAAUGAGAUGUUUUUUUGCCAGCACUGUGAUUACGGGAACCGGACGGUCAAAGGCGUACUCAUUCAUUAUCAGAAGAAGCACCGGGACUUCAAGGCCAACGCAGACGUGAUCCGGCAGCACACGGCCACCAUCCGAAGCCUCUGUGACCGUAACCAGAAGAAGCCUGCCAGUUGCUUGCUUGUCCCCCCCUCUAAUGUGGAGCGAGACAAGACUAAACUCCGAGCCCUCAAAUGUAGGCAGUGUUCCUAUACCUCCCCCUACUUUUAUGCACUGAGGAAGCAUAUCAAGAAAGACCACCCUGCCCUGAAGGCCACAGUCACGUCCAUCAUGCGAUGGGCGUUUCUAGAUGGCUUGAUAGAAGCUGGCUACCACUGCGAGUGGUGCAUCUAUUCCCACACGGAGCCCAGUGGUUUGCUCCUACAUUACCAAAGGAGGCAUCCAGAACAUUACGUUGACUAUACUUACAUGGCCACCAAACUCUGGGCUGGGCCAGACCCCUCCCCUCCCUCUCUCACCAUGCCAGCUGAAGCCAAAACGUACAGAUGCAGAGACUGUGUUUUUGAAGCCAUCUCCAUCUGGGACAUCACCAAUCACUACCAAGCAUUCCACCCCUGGGCCAUGAAUGGUGAUGAGUCGGUGCUGCUGGAUAUCAUCAAGGAGAAAGAUGCUAUUGAGAAUCCCCUCCCUUUAGCUGAAGAGUUGGUGGGCCCUUUGAAUUGUGAGAACAGUAUGCCCACGCCCCUCCCCGAGCAGGAAGCUGAAUGCCCAGAGGAUGCAAGACUUUCCCCAGAGAAAAGCAUCCAGCUAGCUGCCACCAACCCCGCCAUAUCCUCCACCCCGUACCAGUGCACGGUGUGCCAGUCUGAGUAUAACAACUUGCAUGGCCUUCUUACCCAUUAUGGGAAGAAGCACCCAGGCAUGAAAGUGAAGGCUGCUGACUUUGCCCAGGACAUCGACAUCAACCCAGGUGCCGUCUACAAAUGCAGGCAUUGCCCGUACAUCAACACCCGCAUCCACGGCGUCCUGACCCACUACCAGAAGCGACACCCGUCCAUCAAGGUGACCGCAGAGGACUUUGUGCAUGACGUGGAGCAAUCUGCCGACAUCACCCAGAAUGACGUGGAGGAGACGAGCCGGAUCUUCAAGCAAGGCUACGGCGCCUACCGCUGCAAACUGUGUCCGUACACGCAUGGCACUUUGGAGAAGCUCAAGAUCCACUAUGAGAAGUAUCACAAUCAGCCUGAAUUUGAUGUCUUUUCCCAGUCACCCCCGAAGCUGCCCAUCUCCCUCGAGCCCGAGAUAACCACUGAAGUGAGUCCCUCCCAAGUCUCCAUCACCGAGGAGGAGGUGGGAGAGGAGCCCUUGUCCACUUCUCACUUCUCUACCUCGCACCUGGUCUCCCACACUGUGUUCCGGUGCCAGCUCUGUAAGUACUUCUGCUCCACGAGGAAGGGGAUCGCCAGGCACUACCGCAUCAAGCACAACAACGUCCGAGCCCAGCCGGAGGGCAAGAACAACCUCUUCAAGUGUGCCCUGUGUGCCUACACCAACCCCAUCCGCAAAGGGCUGGCGGCCCACUACCAGAAGCGCCACGACAUCGACGCAUAUUACACCCACUGCCUGGCAGCCUCCAGGACCAUCAGCGACAAACCCAACAAGGUGAUCAUCCCGUCCCCGCCCAAGGACGACUCUCCGCAGCUCAGCGAGGAACUCCGGCGGGCAGUGGAGAAGAAGAAGUGCUCGCUGUGCUCCUUCCAGUCCUUCAGCAAGAAGGGCAUCGUGUCCCAUUACAUGAAGCGCCACCCGGGGGUGUUCCCAAAGAAGCAGCACGCCAGCAAGCUGGGGGGCUACUUCACCGCCGUCUACGCCGACGAGCAUGAGAAGCAGAUGCUGGUGGAGGAGGAGGAGAGAGGCAGCUUUGAGAAAGCCGAGGUGGAGGGAGGCGAAGCUCACGAAAUCGAGUGGCUCCCAUUCCGCUGCAUCAAAUGCUUCAGGCUCUCGUUCAGCACGGCGGAGCUGCUGUGCAUGCAUUAUACCGACCACCACAGUCGGGACCUGAAGAGGGACUUCAUCAUCCUGAGCAACGGCCCCCGCUUGCAGAACUCCGCCUACCAGUGUAAGCACUGUGAUAGCAAACUGCAGAGCACCGCUGAGCUGACCUCACACUUGAACAUUCACAAUGAGGAAUUCCAGAAGCGUGCCAAACGUCAGGAGAGGAGGAAACAGCUUUUGAGCAAGCAGAAAUAUGCAGAUGGUGCUUUUGCAGAUUUCAAACAAGAGAGGCCUUUUGGUCACUUAGAAGAGGUGCCAAAGAUCAAGGAGAGGAAGGUGGUGGGCUACAAGUGUAAGUUCUGUGUGGAAGUGCACCCGACGCUCCGAGCCAUCUGUAAUCACCUCCGGAAACACGUCCAGUACGGCAGUGUCCCGGCCGUGUCAGCCGCCGUGAAGCAGGAGGCUGAAGACCCUUCCCACUUGUUCCUGGAUGGAUUGGAAGCAGCCAAAGAUGCCAGUGGCGCCCUGGUGGACCGGGUGGAUGGUGAACACUGCUUGCUUGAUGGAAUGUUGGAGGAUGAAACCCGGCCGGGGGGAUACCAUUGUAGUCAAUGUGACAGAGUCCUGAUGUCCAUGCAGGGGCUGCGUUCUCAUGAGAGGAGCCAUCUGGCCCUGGCCAUGUUUACCCGCGAGGACAAGUACAGCUGCCAGUAUUGCUCCUUUGUUUCUGCUUUCAGGCACAAUUUGGAUCGCCAUAUGCAGACCCACCACGGACACCAUAAACCAUUCCGAUGCAAACUCUGCUCCUUCAAGUCCUCCUAUAACAGCCGGCUCAAAACACAUAUACUCAAAGCUCAUGCUGGUGAACAUGCCUACAAGUGUUCUUGGUGCUCAUUUUCCACCAUGACAAUCAGCCAGUUGAAGGAACACUCCCUCAAGGUCCACGGAAAAGCCCUGACCCUCCCCAGGCCACGAAUUGUCAGUCUCCUCUCCUCACACGCCCACCACUCCUCCCAGAAAGCUACCCCGGCCGAAGAAGUGGAAGACUCCAAUGACUCUUCCUACUCGGAGCCUCCAGAUGUCCAGCAGCAGUUGAACCACUAUCAGUCCGCUGCCCUGGCAAGGAACAACAGCCGUGUGAGCCCUGUGCCUCUUUCUGGGGCUGCCGGGAGCGCCGAGCAGAAAACCGAAGCUGUUCUUCACUGCGAAUUCUGUGAAUUCUCCUCUGGCUACAUCCAGAGCAUCAGGCGCCAUUACAGGGACAAGCAUGGUGGGAAGAAGCUCUUCAAGUGUAAAGACUGCUCCUUUUACACAGGCUUUAAAUCUGCGUUCACGAUGCACGUGGAAGCGGGGCAUUCAGCGGUUCCCGAGGAGGGCCCCAAGGACCUCCGCUGCCCUCUCUGCCUCUACCACACCAAAUACAAACGCAACAUGAUUGACCACAUCGUGCUGCACCGAGGCAGGAAAUCACAGUGACAGCCCCAGGGACGGUCAACAGGAUAAAAACACCCUCCUGCUCAGAGGACCUCCUCCACCUGGAGGGAGGCAAAGGUGGUGGAUUCUGCGGCCAGCGCCUCUUCAGGGCUUCCCAGCGUGAGGGGGUUUUCUAUUCCGAAUCCUCUGCUCUCACAUCUGGCUAAGGAAGGAGUGAAUGAGAAGCAGAAGGGGUGGGUAAAGCCUCAUUGUAAAAGGUGAAGAGCUAUAUGGUUGUAAGCUGUUCUUUGGAGGAAGACCAACAUGAUAAUUUCCAACGCAGGAUGUAGAAUUUCCCUUGAAAUGUAUGGAGAGAAAAUUCUUAAAAAUAAAACUGGCCUGAUAGAUAUUAGAAAACCCUGGAUUUACAUUCUGUUUUUAAGGCCUCCUGUGUCUUACCUCUCAUCUGUAAAACAGAAAUGAUGAUUAUGCCUAUGAAAUAACAUGUAAAGUGUCUAGUGUGUUCCAUAAUGGAUAAAUGCUGGGUGUUCCAUAAAUGUUGGUUCCUGUUGAUAAACAGGGACACUGUUUUUAAGUCCUCUUGGGUUUUUCUUUGAGUUGAGUUUACUGUUAGCCAAUUAAAACACUGUUAAACAACAGGCUUUCUCUUCAAGGGAAGGAGAAUUAUGUUUAUGUAAAAACGACUUUGCCCUCAAAAGAUUCAAGCUGAAGGUGGAUGGAAAAAGAUUACUAGACUACCCACUGCCACUGUCUCCUGCUGUUUCCAUCGACUGAUCUUUCCAUCUCUCCUUCAUUCCGCCCCUCCCUCCUUUUCUUCUUCUUCUUCCUGUCUUCUUUCCUUCGCCUGUAACCUUGGAAAGCUUUUCGAUAUUUGCCACAUGUGCCUCAAAAGCAAUGAGUGUCUUCUGCUGUCCUGCUGAGAUGUCACUCACUCUGAAAUGCUGGAUAUUUUGGGGGCAUUUUUAAAGUUUCCAACAUUUCCCCAGAGCCACUGCCUUUGGCUAAUGCAUUUUGAGACAUUUCCCCCAUAUCUGCUGCACGUUCCAUAGAAGGCUCAACAUGUCUCAGUCUCAGAUCUCCCUCCUCCCCGUGGCACUCUAAUGAGACAUGACACUGUUGCUGGCUAGGACAUCCACCUGCAAGCUGGGAGAAGCAGCGUAGCAACAUUUAGGCAGGAAUUCUUGGCCCGAGUGGUCCCACCUGGUGUUCCGCCUCAGUCACCUGGCUUCUGGUCCCCCGGCCCAUGUGUCGCGGUGGCUCUGUGCCCCCUCACGGCUUGGGGAGAGGCCACGAGUCGUGUUGCUGCCGAGCAAACAGAACUGGUGAGACCUCACUUCUGCGGUCGACUCCCCCUCUCUUCCCAUAUUGCUGCUUGGCGGGAUUGGAGCUUUGAUGCCUAAUGAGCUCAAUGACUUUUCUUCCCUGAGCUGAGAAUUCAAGAAAGGGGGAGGCAAAGAGAGAUGCCCUCGGAGCGCUACCGUUGACGAAGUGCUCCUUACACACAAAGUCACUCAUCUUCCAGCAGCACUGUGGGGGAUAAUACCAUGACUUAUAGUCCUGUUUUACGUAUGUGAAACUUGAAGCUGAGAAAAACUACUUUUUCUUUAAUUUAGUAUAAUUAUUUGUGGUCAUUUCACAGAGGAUUUAAGGUAUCUUAAAGAGACUUGUGCAGAACUAUAGGAUUGAAAAUAAAUGAGGAAAUAGGGGCAAAUGCGAAAAUAAGGAGAAGCCAGUUGAAUGUCCACCCGAAAGUAUGGAAGAGCUCACCGAGGGUCUGGCUGCUCAGUGUGCACCGUGAGGUGCCGAGCAUUUCGUGAGCAGUGGGCUGCAGGCGUGGCUCUGAGAUGCCUGCUGACCAUGGCAGAGAAGAAAACAGAAUCAGUUGGAUUUAGAGUGUUUGUGAGACUUGAGAUUUUGUUCAGGAAAUUUUCAGGAAUCCUAAACACAAAAACCUAAAAGGAAUUUCUCCAGUGAGUUCUCCUGAAGGGGACUGUGUAGGAUAGAGUGCAUAUUGUCCCUGCCAUAAAUACAGUGGUAAGUCCCACAGGGCCCAUGGGAGCUGAAGUGGUUUAACCAAAGGCACCCAACUGUGAGCAGUGAAGCUACGGGUCAACCCCCAGUCCUCUGAUCCCAACCCAUCCAUCGUGUUGCCUGUCACUGGUUACUUACAAUCUCUUCUGUUUAUUGAUAGAAAUCAUUUAUAUUAAAAGAAGCUUCUGGGUAUGUAAAUAUUGUCCUUAUAGGGGUCCAAAAGUGCACAAUCUAGAAUGAACAUGAGCAUUCAGGAUUGGUAGUAAUAACGACAGCAUUCACAACAACAAUAGUUACUAUUGCUGAGUGCUUAUUUGGUGGCAGGUGCUGUACUAAGUGUUUCCAAUAUGUCAUUCUAUGGAAUUCUCACAGAACCCUAAGUGGGGGAUAUUACCAUUAUCCUUGAUAACAAGGAGAAAAACAGGUUCGGAAAGACUGAGCAUCUUAUCUAAGGUCAAAUGACUAAUAAGUUACUCAGCUGGGAUCUGACCCACCCUCCAUGCCUUUAACCAUCAGGCAUCACUGUCUCACCCAUAGGAAUGUGGUUGGUGUCACCCUGUUGAGCAUUCCAGUGGCUGUGGCAGCUGGGUCUGAGGAUAGAAUUAUCUGUGGGGCUGGAGGUCAGAGACGAGGACCACCAAGCCACAGAUGGCAGGGUGCUUCAGGACAGCCAUGUCUGCCGUCUGUGUCCUGACCUGGUUUGGUGUCCAUCUCAACUCAAAAUGGCAGCUCAGUGGGAAGCUGGUCUUGACAAGUCAAGAGACAAGGUUGGGUGUCUGCCUUGCAAUUUCGAGUUGAGGCUGAUCUCAAAGUAACAAGAGGUGGCUCUUUCUGCACCUGUGCUCUCCUUGCUCUGUGGAUGAAUAAACAUCUUUGGUCUCUAGA